AUGGCGGACAACAUGACGUAUCUCAUUACGGGCGCAAACAAAGGCAUCGGAAAACAGCUCACAGCCGAUCUUCUUCUCCGCCCCGCGACGACCGUCGUUGCAACCGUCCGCAACCCCGCCGACGAAACUUCGCAAUCGCUCCUCUCCCUCGCGACGGCCGACUCGAGCGCGCUCAUCGUGCUUCCCCUGGACGACGCCGACCCGUCCAUCGACAGUACGUCGCUGGUGACUCGACUCACCGCCGCCGCCUCCGCACAGGGGCAGAAACCCAUUUCAAUUUCGCACAUCGACGUCUUGGUCGCCAAUGCGGGCGCGUCAGCCGGAUACCACAGCGUGCUCGACACGAGCCCCGACGCGGCGAGGUUCUGCUUCGAGGUCAACGCCAUCGGACCCCUGAAGCUAUUUCAGGCGUGCUGGCCGCUCCUCAGCAAGAGCACACGCGAGGGCGGCAAGAAGUUCGUGCUGGUCACGAGCUCGGUGGGCAGCAUCGCGGCGCUCGAGAUGGAGAGCUUCCCAUCUGCAGCGUAUGGAAUGAGCAAGGCGGCGGCCAAUUGGCUUGCCAAGAAGAUUAGCAUCGAGUUUCAAAAGGACGAGCUCAAAGUCGGCAUCAUUCAUCCGGGAUGGGUCAAGACAAACAUGGGCCAGAGCCUUGCAGAUGCCGUGGGCGUCAAGGAGCCGCCCAUGGCCGUCGAGGACAGCGCCAGACAUGUCCUCGCGCAGAUUGACAGUUUGUCGUUGAACACAACGCACGGCAAGUUCCUCAGCUUCGACGGCCAGGUGCUGCCGUGGUGA